ACGACGACGCGACAACAACGGCCAAGUCAAGUCGUGGCAUUAACACCACACAUCUCACACACCGCCCCCACUCCUCCUUCCUUCCGUCCCCACCAUGGUCUACAUUGACCAGACGGGCGACUUUCGCUCCCUCAUCGCCGAGGGAUCCAAAAAGGCCGCUGCGACACCCGGCGCUGGGCCAUCCAAGUCGCGGAAACCACUCGCACCAAAGCAGGACGACAGGUUCCUCAAAGAGGCGUACCAGAUUUACGGCCACCUGUCCGAGCUCCAGCGCACCCUCAAGGCCAUCCGCAAGCCGUACCUCUCCACCGACGUCCCGCCGCCACUGUCCCGCCGCGCGCGCAACGAUGGCGGCGAUGAGCUCAAGCGGUAUGAGGGGUCCAAGUACCUUUCUGAGCGGGAGCGCGACGAGAUCGACGUGCGCACCAAGAUGAUCCUGCGGCGAUGUCGCGAGCGCGUCGGCGACCUUGAGGCAGAAGAGAAGGCCCGACAAGCCAAGACGGCACCACCGGCCUCGGCUCUCUUCCAGCUCCUCCCAUCGCUAGCACCAGUGGCGGUCGACACGUCCGAGCCCCUGCUGACCGCACAUCGGUCGAGCAUCAUCUGGACCCUGACAAACUUGCUCGCCAAGCUGUCGGCCACGCAGGCAGACAUGCAGGAGGAGCGCGCCAAGCGGCGGGAGGAGAGGAGCCGGACGCUAGGCGGCGGCGCAACGCGCGAGAUUGCGUCGCUGCAGGUCGGUGCCGACCUGGCAAAGGGCAAGAACGCGGUGCGGACCGUCGCACCGGCCGCCCUGCCGAUCAUACCGACCGACGAGGCGCCGAUCGAGCAGCAGCUGUCUGCCGCCCAGCUGCAGCAGUUUGAGUCGGAGAACUCGACGCUCCUCAACGAGAUGGAGAGCCAGCUCAACUCUGUCCUCGCGGCCGAGAAGAGCCUGCUCGAGAUCAGCGCCAUGCAGACCGAGCUCGUGCGCCACCUCGUCCAGCAGACCGAGAUCACGGACCGCCUGUACGAUGAGGCCGUGGGCAGCGUCGCCGAGAUGGGCAAGGCCAACCAGCAGCUCAAGAAGGCCAAGGAGCGCAGCGGGGAGGCAAGGCUCUUCUUGCUAGUCUUCCUCUUUGGUGCGAGCUUUGCGCUGCUGUUCCUCAACUGGUACGCAUAG